GUUAGAGCAUAGUCAUGAUUUGAGCUCGACGUCGCGCCGGCGCCGCGUCCGAUAUAUGUCAGAUGUUGAUCGUGCGUGGUAUACAUAGCGCAAAAGCUGGAUAUCCGUUCUGUCAGUUUCCUUCCGAGAAAUGAACACCACGUCCAACAGCAAUAGAAAACCACCGGGCGUGGAAUUCGCGAUCGGCGGCUUGGCAGCUGUAGGCGCCGGCUUCUUCACGAAUCCCGUGGACGUGGUGAAGGUACGAUUGCAGUUGCAGGGUGAACUGGAAGCGCGCGGUUCGUACAAGAGGAUAUACAAAAACACUCUGCACGUGGGGUAUCUCAUAGCCAAGCACGAGGGUGCUCUCGCUUUGCAGGCCGGUCUUGUGCCUGCCCUCAUCUUUCAAGUCGUGCUCAACGGUAUUCGUUUGGGCGCCUACAAGUCCGCACAGAGGUACGAGUUGAUCGUCGAUGCACAGGGCAACACCGAUGUCCUGCGGACCGCCUUGGUGUCCGGCAUCGCCGGUUGCGUUGGCGCCGCGCUCGGCAGUCCAUUCUACUUGGUCAAGACGCAGUUACAAGCGCAAUCCGCGAAAUCCAUUGCCGUGGGUUAUCAGCACAGUCACUCGGGAUCAUGGGACGCUUACAAGUCUCUGUGGGCGGAAGGCGGCGUCGCGGGCCUGUAUCGAGGAUGGUACGCCGGAUUGCCGCGCCUGUUCGUCGGCUCGGCGACGCAGUUGACCACAUUCGGAAUAGCGUUCGACUGGUUACGCUCGCUGGAUAUAUUUCCAGAUCGUCCGAUAUUGUUGACCUUUUUGGCCUCCGCGAUCGGAGGCAGCUGCGUAGCCGUUGCCAUGCAGCCGUUUGACGUUCUGGCAACGCGGUUGUACAAUCAAAAGACAGACGCAAGCGGGAAGGGCACCUUGUACAAAGGACUCGGAGACGCGCUCAUCAAGAUAUUUCGCGCGGAGGGUUUGACUGGCCUAUACAAAGGAACGUUCCCAACAUGGUUGAGAAUAGCACCGCAUACAGUUUUAUGCUUGGUAUUUUACGAGAAAUUAGAUCAAUUGUACAACAAAUUUAGAAUACGAAAUCAAUCGAGUUAGUUUGUAACUUGAAAAAGUAAAUUUUAUAUAAUUAAAUUAAUUAAAUUUAUAUAUAUAUAGUAGAAAUAAAAUUUUGUAAAAAAAAUUUUUCAAGAACACUGAAUGUUAAAUAUUGCAGAUCUGUUUGGAAUAAAUCGAAUGUCAUA